AUGACUACAGAUAGAGAGCAUGUGCCAGUUUCAAACAUACUAGCAAUGCAUCUUGGACUGAAGGAAGUGCCACUUCUAGAUGAAAAUGACAGACAAGGUUCUGGUUUCUACACUGUUAGUGAGUUUAGGGAGAUAUUACAAUACGCAAAGGAAAGGCACGUUGAAGUGAUACCGGAAAUAGAUGUUCCAGGACAUGCUUUCUCCGCCAUUAAAGCAAUGCAGUAUAGAGAACAAGAUUUACGUCAAUUUAAAAGCGAUGGAACUAGACAGUCUUAUAUUCUUUCAGACUAUGUUUCUGGUGUCCAGGCUCAGCAAGGUUGGUUGGGAAGUUCUAUAAAUCCUUGUCUAAAUGCGACCUACAGUUUCGUCGAAACGAUUCUAACUGACUUACAGUCAAUAUAUAAAGGCAUAGAAAAAUUAAAGCUUGUUCAUUUGGGCGGUGACGAGGUGCCAGAUGGCGUGUGGGAAAAUUCCAAAACACGUAAAUCUUUGUUGCAAGACUCUAGUCUUGAUCACAGUGCUAUCAAAAAACUGUUUAUCGUUAAAGUAGCCGAUAUUGCGCGCAGGCAUGGUUUAAAGUUCUCGUUGUGGGAGGACGGAAUUUAUAAUGCUACCCAAGGUCCUUAUGACGCAAAUGAAUUCAAACAAACAGAAGUCCUUGUGAAUGCAUGGAACAACAUUUGGGAGGCUCGGAUUGGUCAUACUUUCGAUGGCCACCCAUUUAUAUUUUGA